AUGGGAGACUAGCAACAAUAUCAAAGGAGUGUAUUUAAAUCAGUUCAGUAUAAGGAUUCUUUUAGUAGAUCAGAAGGAAACACCAAAAAAGACAAAGAAUUUUUAGAAUUUAAAAGAUAAAUCAAUAAACUCUUACUAGAUGAAGAAAAAGUAGAGAAAAUGGAGGAUGCAACAGAAUCAAAGUUUUAUUUUGAAAAGAUGAGAUGCCUCGAAUUGUGUAGGUUAACUCUGAUGGUGAUGGCUUAAGUCGUAGCAAUUUUAGAUUAUGAAAUUGAAUUUUCAAAUCUGAAUUUUUAUUAUGCGAAAUGGUUUCUCUAUCUCACUUUGAUAUGCUCAAUAUGUCUUAUUGUAAUGACGUAUUUUUCAUAUGAAGCCUAAAACCAGUUUAUCAUUGCAACUAAACAAUAUGGCAAAGAAGCUACUAUUUUUAAUACAGGGUAAUGGAAAUAUAUGAUCCUUGAGAUGAGCAUUUAUCUAAUAUUCCCAAAUCCUUGGCUUACAGACUAUAAAGUUUAUUUCUUUGUAGACUAUUUUUAAAUGGAAGUGUAUCAUUAUUUAAAUGAAAUACUACUUUUAAUUAUGCUUCUUAGAAUACUUAUCAUGGUAAAAAUUGUUUUGAUAAAUACACAAUGGUACACAGAGAGAGUAAAUCGCGUUUGCAAUUUGUAUGCCACAAGAAUGAGUCCAUUAUUUAUAGUUAAAGUAAAUAUGUAAAUGAAUCCUAUGAGAGUGUUUUGGUUUUGCUACUCGGUUUGCUUAUUUACUUAUAGUUAUGCUAUCAGAAUAUGUGAAAGACCUCUUCUAAGAAACGGUAUUCCAGAUGGUGUAAACUUAGCCUUAUUCAAUCUUUACGAAGUUGCAAUGUGGUGUAUGAUGAUAUCUAUCCCUUCAGUGGGAUAUGGUGAUGUCUUUCCUACCACGAAUCAUGGUCGCUUUAUUGCUGUUUUAUCAUUUAUAUCAGGGACGUUUAUGUUUUCUGUUCUUUGCAAUUCUUUAAUUAUCAUAUUAACAUUAGACUCUUUAGAGUCAAAGUCAAGUUUGAUUUUAGAAAAGCUAUCAGUUAGAAAAGAUAUAAUAGACACAGCUGUAAGAAUGUUUUCAUAUGUUGGAAAGAUAGCAAUAAGGAGAAAUUUAGGAAAGGUUAGAAAUUUAUUUUUAGCUAGGAAGUUAAGAAAGGCAGCUCUCCAUUUUAAAAUAGUGAAUAGAAAAUAUAAAUGCCUAGUUGAUAGAUCAAAUUUGAAUGAACAACUAGAUAAACAGUUUACAUAUAUAGGAGAAGAAGUAUCAGAAAUAAAACAAUAAAUUGAAGCUAUUUAAGAAACUUAAAAUUUAAUUACUCACUAGAGCCAACAAAAAUAAUAAGAAAUUCAACUUAUAAAUCUUUAAAUUUCUAUUUAAAAAUAAAAAAAUUAAGAAGAUAUUUAAAAAUAUAAAAAGAGAAAAUAGUAAUCAAGUUUCUAAUAUUAUACUGAUUCCAUGAAUGACCUAUCAAUCAAACAAAAGCCUUAUAAUUUUUAAUAUAACAUGAUUAAUCAUAUUCACCCUAACUAAUUUUAUUGA